AUGAAUCUAGCUUGCUUCUUGCUCCGCAUUGGAUCAGCACCUAACUUCAGGCCCGCCUUCAAGUUCUUCAGCUGGCAGGCAGCGUUUGCUGGUACUAUAAUGUCUGCGGCAGCCAUGUUCUUCAUCGACCAGACUUACGCUGCCACUGCCAUAUGUCUUCUUGUUUUCCUCUUCUCGCUGAUCCACUACCUCAGUCCACCGAAGAGAUGGGGAGACGUAUCGCAAAACCUGAUUUAUCACCAGGUCAGGAAGUAUCUUCUACGCCUACGACCGGAGCAUAUCAAAUUUUGGCGUCCGCAAAUCAUCCUGCUCAUCAACAACCCCAGAAGUCAAACCAGGCUCAUCCAGUUCUGCAACUCUUUGAAGAAAGGGGGGUUGUAUAUCCUUGGUCACGUCAUUGUCACAGAUGACUUCAGCAGUGGUGUCCACGAAGCAAGACUACAGCAGGCAGCGUGGACGAAGUACAUCUCGGAGUUCUCGCGGAUCAAGGCGUUCGUACAGUUGACCAUGUCUCCGACGCUCAAUUGGGGCAUCCGAAACUUGAUCUUGUCAGCCGGGCUAGGAGGCAUGCGUCCUAACAUUGCAGUCAUGGGUUUCUACAACAUGGAUGAACUCAGAAGCUCCCGUCCGUCGGUAGCAGUGCCGAAAGCUCCAAGCUCGACCGUCGAGGAUACACGACCAAGACCACGACCCGCAGAGAGGCCAGUACGAAGGAGACGUGGGGAUACCUCGGCGCGACUAUUAGAGGGUCAUCUUCCGACGGACGUGAUCAAAACCGAAUCCAUGCUGAGUGUUACCAGCUAUAUGACAAUGCUGGAAGACCUUGCCUUGAGAUAUAAGCUCAAUGUCGCUAUCGGAAAGGGUUUCGAAAGGCUAGAGACACCGCGCAAGGACAAGGGCAAUACGAAGAGAUAUCUUGAUCUCUGGCCUAUUCAAAUGUCCGCAGAGGUUGUGUCGGACGGGAAAAGCGUUUUGACCACCAACUUUGAUACAUACACCUUGAUCCUCCAACUCGGUUAUAUCCUUCACAGCGUGCCUACUUGGAACAAAGUGUAUGAUGUCCGCAUCAUGGUAUUUGUCGAAUAUGAGAGCGAAGUGGAAGAAGAGAGAGCACGAGUCAAGGCUCUCCUGGAGAAGCUGAGAAUUGAGGCUGAGGUCAAGGUAUUCUGGCUGGCAUCUGGUCAGCUGAACACCUACGAACUCAUCAUCAAUGGCCAAUCUAGCGAUCUUGAGUCUCAGAUUCUAGUUCACGACGUCCUCAGGGAUGAGGAAUGGUGGGACGAUUUGCAGAGGCUGCGAGGACGUGCCCCGAAUUUCGACUCGACCGACGAACUAACAUCUUUCGCGAAUAUCAUCGAGUCGACAGCAGGGCGUCCUGGCGUGUUCAAUCCGCAUAUUCCACUAGAGGACAUCGAAAGUGGGCGUCGGCCUAGUAUGGUACAUUUCGGCGAAAUACCGAAAAGACCUACGGUAGCGAAGCUUUCCCGGCUUGGCGUCAGCGUUGGAAUUCACACGUCUCACCUGGGAGAUGAGGUCUUUGAGGAUGAUUCCAACUCGGACGGCGAGCUCAGCGAGCAGGAACAGCAGCCCUCUUGCCUGGACUCUGACUCUGAGUUCGAACGUGGAGGGAGCGAGUACAGUGAGGAUGAAGCAGAUGAUACGGAGACGCCAACAAGACCCUUACUGCUUGGCAAGGGGCGUGGACGAAGCCAGAGCGAUGACCUCCUCACCACUCCAUCCAAACAUAGGCGAGGUAACAGCAAGUCCAGCAAAAGUGCCGUACCAAGCUCGACCUAUGGCACCAUGGUUGCACAAGCUCGGGUCGAAGGUCAAUCAGGUCCAAGCCACACGGCCGGUGACAACGUGUCGGCCCCUCCAACUCCGCUUGAACGACCCGGUUUGGAUCGCAACGUGACUGCUCGAUCGCUGGGUGGAUUCCGGGUGUCAAGCGGCAAUCCGUACCCUGAAUUGCCGCCGGUGAGCGUUUCUGGUACGGCAACCCCGGCCAGACCAACACUGUCCAGGCAAUCCUCCGCCGUGCGAUUCUCGAGCCGACCGGUGCCCGAGACGCGAAUUGAUGUCGAGGGCACGUCCGGGCCAACGAUUAUGUUUGCGGACACAACGGAAGAAGAGACGCCGCGAGCGGAAAGGCCCGCAUUUUCGAGGCAAUCCUCCACGGGCCGGUUCUCCAGCCGCCCUGUGCCUGAAAUGAGGGUGACGACGGCUGAAGAGUUUGAUCCUCCUACUGCGUUUGCGGAACCGAGAUCUCGCAAAGAUUCCGCCGCAUCCUCCGAGCAUGGAGACGCCCAUAUGAACAUGGCGGAGCUCGUGGAGCGCUACAGGUUAGACUCCAGGCUAGAAGGCGAAGGCGACGGCUCGCCGUACUCCACACAAGGCAUCGCGCUUUCGUUCAAUGACCUGCCAUCCCGAGCACAGCAUGUCAUCCUCAACGAGCUUAUGCGGCAGAACAGCAGGGAUACAGCUGUGUUACUCUCGACGCUACCAGUGCCCACCGAGGGAACCUGCCAGGAUGAGGUCGCGAGCGUGCAGUACCUCUCGGAUGUCGAGGUCCUGUGCCACGGGCUCCCUCCGGUCCUCCUGGUCCUGAGUAAUAAUAUGACUGUUACAGUUGGGCUAUAG